GGUGUUUGUGAUGUAAUUGCAAGUAAAAUUGUGUCUUUUAUCCUCCAGUGUGAAGUGUGUGUUUUAAACGUGAUAAAGACAUUUUAUUUUAAUUUGUAAAAGGUUUUUUAUUAUUUUUUGGACUUGAACUGUGCUGAUUGGAGACGAAGAAGUGGAUUUUUGUUUUUACCAAGGAUUUGAUAAUAUGAAUUUAAAUGAAACCGAAAUGCGCGACACUGCGGCCCGAAUCUGUCGCGACUAUUUAACAGGCGCCUGGAGGACAGUCAAACCGCAGGAUUUAUUGUUCAAGAGAAUCAGUGGUGGCCUCUCAAAUUUCCUCUACCACGUCGCCCUUCCAGAGUCAGCAGUAGUCGAACAUUCUGAACCAUCUUCGGCACCAUCUUCGGGUUCUGUCACCGCCAACCACCAGAACGGUUACCACCAAAACGGUGACCACAUCGAUACCAGUUUUGCUUCUAAAUAUAGCGAAAACUUUUUGAGGAGAUCCUCCGACGAAGACUUGCUGAAAACUUUUAAUGAUGAGAGUGGAUACUGCCUGAAAGAGGAGUAUAACCUGGACACUUUAAGCGAUAGUUCCGAUAGUGAAGAAUGUGGUUUUCAGGGUGAACCUCGACAGGUUCUUCUAAGGAUAUAUGGGCAGAUUCAUGGCGAUCAGGCAGUCGAGGCAAUCAUAACCGAAAGUGUAAUCUUUACAUUGUUAAGUGAAAGACGACUAGGACCUAAACUACAUGGAGUCUUCCCUGGAGGAAGAAUCGAACAAUAUAUACCUGCCCGUCCCCUUAGAACAAAAGAAAUGAGCGACCCUGUCCUCUGCGUGAAAAUCGCCGAAAAAAUGUCUGCAAUUCAUUCGAUGCACGUUCCACUUUCAAAAGAACCAGACUGGCUCUGGAAAACAAUGAACAAAUGGAUAACAACUGCUGAAAAUAAUUUGGAAAGACACCAGAUGAAGGAUGACCACGAAUCCUCGACAGUCGACCACAUCAGACAGAUGAAACUUCGUUCCGAGAUCGAAUGGCUGAAGCAGUUCGUGCAGGGCUGCGGAUCUCCAGUGGUUUUCUCACAUAACGAUAUGCAGGAGGGUAAUAUAUUAUUGAGACAGACGAGACAUCAUACUAAUAAUUUGGAGGAUACCGGUAUACAUGGGAAGGGCGUGCAGGUUGCCGAUGUCGUCGUUGUCGAGAAUAGUUGCGAUGGAGUGGAUAGUAGGAGUUAUGUUGAACCUCCUCUAACCGAAGACGACGGCAUAGCCUGCGACUUCAGCCAACAGAUGGCCCUCAAGGACAACACAGACCUAUUCGAAUCCUCUCACCCACAAACCAAAAACCUGCACCUUCUACAGAACCAGAACUCUAACCACUUGACCUCUCCAUCUCUCGAAGACUGUCUCACCUCUUCCACGAGUAGCAGUAGCAGUAGCGAUUCAGUUCUAUCGAGAAGUUCUAAGAAAUCAUCCCUUAAUAACAAUGAACCCGAAUUGGUGCUAAUAGAUUUCGAAUAUUGUUCGUACAAUUAUAGAGGGUUCGAUUUGGCGAAUCACUUCAUAGAAUGGACUUAUGAUUAUUCGAAUGCAGAUUAUCCGUAUUUCUAUGAUAGGCCGGAGGAUUAUCCGACUGAGGAGCAACAGGAACGUUUCAUAACAGCCUAUCUCCAAUCAUCGCAGAGAUAUCGAAAUGGUCACCUAUCUCCAACUUCGUCUUCGAGAUCAAGUCGAGAAGGUUUCUCGAUUUCCCAAGACGAUUAUUGUACAUCGUCCACCAGGGCCUCUUCUAGGAGGUCUUCGAACGAAUUAUUAGAUGGUACUACGAGGUCCUCGAGAUCCAGGUCCGGAUCAGUGGUUGUCACUUCGAAACAGAUCGCGGAAAUUAUGGAUGAGAUAAGGGUUUUUACGUUGGCUUCGCAUUUGUUUUGGGGCAUGUGGGCGUGCGUCAAUGCGUCUCUGUCGCAGAUUCCUUUCGGAUACUGGGACUAUGCUUCGUCUCGCCUCGACCGUUACUUCGAAUUAAAGAAAGACAUUUGCAAUAACAUGCCAUUGACAACAAAAUCUUCGGCAACAUUAAAGAGAAAGAUCACGGAUCUUGAAUGACUCUGAUUGGUCGACGGAUAAUAAUAAUAAUAGUAACAAUAAAUUAUUGUACAUAUACUCAUCAUUAAGGUAAGAUAAUAAUAAUAAUAAUAAAUAUAAUAAUCAUUAAAGAAAUAAUUAAAAAAAUAAAUAAAUAAUUAGAAAAUAUGUACAUGAUAGGUUAGGUUUCAUUGUUGACAGUUGAAACUGUAAUGGCGGCUCGACAUUUUUUUCAACUGUCAUGUUGGAUCACA